GUGGGUAAGCAGUCAGUCUCCGUGCAGUGACAGAGGGCAGGGGUGUCAGAGCCUGAACUGGGUGACGAACUCAUUGGUGCAUGGAGUUGGCCCAUACGGAGGAUUCAGAGCCUCUCCCAUUUCUGGAGAAGCCUCAUGGAAUGGCAGGUGGGUGCAGUGUCAGAGUUCAAGCCAGGCUGGAUUCCUCAGGCUAUAAUCCCAUCAAAUGAAGGGUGGUGGUAACUCUUGGUAACCGCCGGAACAGUCAGCCGCGGGCCAGGCUGGGUCAAUCACAGGUGCUGCUGAAUGCCCGGGUGUCCCGAUGGCCAGGGACCCCAGUCAUCUGCCGCGUGCCUGCCGACACCCAGCAAUCCAAGUGAAGGCCGCAGAAGCUGCCCUGGAAAUCAGCCGUACGCUUGGCUCUCUCCUCCUCCUUCCAAAUGUAGACACUUCAGGACGGUCUUCCCUGGGUCCCACUCUCUCCUCUGUGCUGGCUGACGACGACCAGGCUGGACAUACCUAUCCUGACACUCUGGCAAUUGAAGAGCAGCUAAAGAUAUGUGGCCACAAGAGGGAUGCUGAUGUCUUUGAGCUGUUUCUUUCUCAAAAGGAGCUGACAGAGGUCAUUGAUCUUUCCAGGUUUAAGAAAUUAAAAUACUUAUGGCUACAUCAUAACAAGCUAGGGCUGACUGUGGAUGGCCAUCUGCCUUCUUCAUUAGCAAGGGGAUGUGGUUGCUUGUUUUCUUGCCUGGCGCCUCUGCCCCAGCCUUCUCAA